ACGACUUCCAGUGGUAGACUGGUCGCGGAGUAUCUCCCUCCCUUGCCUUGGGGCCGCCAGCUCUGGUGAGGAGCUCUGGAUUUGCAUUUGCCUCCAGAAACGGAAAGACCCGACAAAGGAGGGUAGGUGUCCAGUGAUGAAAGCAGAGGCACUUCCCUCUAUUGCCAGCUGUUCUUCCUUUUUUAACUCCUUCCUGUGCAGUUUGUACACAGAUGUGGGAGAAUGUGUUCCAGUGGUUUUAGCUUGACACACUGAUCUCUCUUGAGGCUAUGAGAGACAUGUUGCAGUAGAAUGUUGACUCUUGCUUUUAUAUUAGAUUGACUAGCAGGGUAUUGGACACAAUGACAAUCACUGUAGUGUAUGAUAACUCUGAAGCUAUGGAGCUCUGUGCUUCUCAGAAACUGUAUCUUAAACCAGUAGCAAAACUGACUAUCAAUGUGAUGUUUCCAGAACAUACAGAAGCUACCCAGUCUUUCUCUAAGUGGGAAGUGAUGGACAAGCUGAAGAACAUGAUUUGUCCAGACCAAUUUACUACUGUUAGGGUUUCAAAGAGCACUAAGGAUUUCAUUCGAUUUGAGGGAGAGGCAGAAACUAAAAGGUUGAUCCUCACACUUAAGGAAAAACUACAUGGAAAGGUAAUAAAACUAAAUGGUUUUAAAGAUGACUUGAAGGUGAUGGCCACCGAGGCACAUGCUGACUUUCCAACUCCACAAGAGUGGGCAUCUUACAUGAACAAAAGAGAAUUUAUGAGUGAAGAUCUUACUGAGCAAACCACUGAUAUUCCUGAUUGCAUCUAUUUUGAAGGGUUGCCAUGCAAAUGGUUUGCACUAAAGGGCUCAAAUAGUGAAAAGCCGAGUGAAGAUGUUUUAAGAGUCGUGUUCGAAAGAUUUGGAAAGAUCAAGAAUGUAGAUAUCCCUAUGCUUGACCCUUAUAGAGAAGAAAUGGUAGGAGGAAAUUUAAAUAACUUCCAUUUUGGAGGCUUACAGACAUUUGAAGCUUUUGUCCAGUACCAAGACUACACGGCUUUUGUGAAAGCUAUGGAGUCACUUAGGGGAAUGAAGCUGAUGUUUAAAGGGGAUGAUGGAAAAGCUCUGGCAUGUAACAUGAAGGUGACUUUUGAUAAAACCAAACAUUUCAGCAAAGGAGCUGUCAAAAAGAGAAGGCUGGAAAGCCAAAAGCUGCAAGAACUAGAGCAAGAAAGAAAAAGGGAAAAAGAGAGAGAGGAAGAGGAAGCUGCAAGAAAAAGACGUGAUGAUGAAAAAAAUGCUCGAGAAAGAAAAAGGAAGGCUAAGCUCAAGAGGAAAGAACACAGGCAGAUAGAUCGGGAUGAGAAACGCCCAAGAAAGCAGCAGAAGGUAACAACUGACGAAGAGCAGUGGCCAGAGAAUAUGCCUGAAUGGGAAGAGAGGAAAUAUCUACUAGCUCAGAGAAGAGUGGAGUCUAUAAGGCUGCUUACAGUGCUGUUAAACCGAGUAAAAGAAUUUGCACAGUUCAGCAACCAAAAUGUGGAGCCCUUGCUGUACCCUGAAGAUGUAAGAAAGGAUUGUUUUCCUGAGCCAGAGUUACGAAAUGCACAGACAGACCAGAGAGAAUCCCAUUAUCUUCUACACACACAACUGAAAAAUAAGAAAAAGAUUAGGAGUCAGUUCUUCCAAACAGGCAUUACCUGUUUUAAUGCGGAAGAGGUACCAACUAAUCUACCUGCAUCACCUUGUCAUCUUGUGAAAACCGUCUUAAAUGACCCAAUUGCAACAGCAAGCACUGGUAAAUUAACUGGCAGGGAUGAAUACGGUUCCUCUGGCUGUGGGUCCUUACAGAUUACAGUUACUCAAGACUCCAAGGUCAUACAGUCCCUUGAGAGAGAGGACUGUCCUCCUUUGAAUACAGUACACUCUGGAAAAGUGUCUAGUACAGGUUACUGCAGAAAGCAAAAGAUUUAUGAAACUGACGAGUUUAUACAUUAUUUAUUAAAUUAUUAUCAAACUCCAAGAUAUGCACGUGUCUGCCUAAAGCCAAAAAGCAGCAUUAGCAAGUCUUGGUGGCAGAGAAUAGUGUCUGAUAACGGGAGUGGCUUUCAGAUCAAUUUGAAGAACACAUAUGGGCAACACUUAACAGAAGUGAGUUUUUCACAAAGCCCUGACAAAGGAAAUUGUAGCGGGGAUGAUAAUUUUAGUUGGGAGAUCACAAUUCGGAAUUCUGAGACUACAGAGAAUGCGUCAAAAAACAAGGCCUAUGCUGGAGAGUUUACAAAAAAGUUCCAAGUACAGUGGAAUGACUCACUUGAUAUUGCAACUUUACCUUAUGCUGAAUUUAGUAAUUCUUUUGGAGGCACCAAUACUUGUCAUGAUACAGAAUCCAAACAAGACAAUAACAUAAGUGAAGUUGUUCCACCAUACAAAUCCUCAGGCGCUGCAUACAAAUUAAAGGAUUUAUUGGAAGAAAUCAGUAGUGAUUCUGAGUAUUUUAGUGAGGCACUUAACAGCUCAGCAAAGAGAACAGAAAGAAAAUAUAAAGGUAUUUACUGUGAGGGCAAUAAAGCAUGUUCCCUUCCAAGAGAGAUGGGGAAAAAAUUCCUUGUCUGUGUUAAAAAUGUACCUCAAAAUGAUCCAGAAAAUGAAUCUAAAAAACAUAGCUUCUGUUCAAAUUCUACCCAUAGUGGUCUGACAAAGCGGUAUAGACAUAAGCUUAAAAAAUCGCACAAAAGGUGCAAUAGUAAAUUAAGACAUGAAGGGCGAAAAAGUGAGUGGAAAUCCAAUGAAGAGGCAAGAAAUACCCACAAAAAGAAGAAAAAGAGAAAAAAGCCCUCCCCUAACAUUUUACAUGAUGAACAUAGCUUCUCUGAAACAGAUAGCUGGAGACAGUUGGAGUCUCUAAAAAAGAUACAAAGAAAAUGUAGCAAAAUGUUCCACCAUAAGAUGAAAUUCAGAACACUUAAUGUAAUGGCAGCAGCAUCAAAAGAUGCCAUCCCUGCUAAUGUCUCUCUGCUUCAGGGAUCUCACCAAAGGGCAGGUGAGGUAGAGGAAGUGAAAUAGAACCAAGGUGACAUGCCUCAAUUUGAUCAGUUUAAGGAGUGUGUGCAAAAGUAUGAUUACUGACACAAUCGCUCUGGCAGUCAAGCUCACCUAACUACUGAAAGUCAUUUAGAAGGAGGCGACGCUGAUACCCAAAAGGCUUGACAGUCAUUUCGUUCAGCAACACUUUUUUGGGUAGGAUUGGACUGCAGCACCAUGCCUAGUCUCUGCAAGGUGCCUGUUUGCAUUUGGGCAGCUGUGAGAGAAUGCUGUAUCUACAUCCCUGCUCAGGAGCUCUUCCUCUUUAUGCACAUAAGCAGCCAGGUUAAGGAAUAGAGAAGAAGUGACCUGUAGAUAAUACCUUUUGUCUGGGUGCAGCUUAUCUUAGUGGUAGAAGCCACUAUGAUUCUUAUUUAUCCUGGAUCUGGGAAACCUAAGAAAUCCUGCUGCUGAAAAGGAGCAAGAAGAGGCUUUCCAUGACUUGGACUAAAGUUUAAAUUAAUGAAAGGGCAGAGUGAGGGACCAAUCAGCUCCCAUCCUCCUCUGACUUGCCGAUGGAUGAGCGCCUCUGGAGGAGAAAGGGGCCAUCCUGCAUUUCCUCAGCAUCUGCUUCGCCCUGACUUCUGGGGCUGUCCCAAUCACUGCUGUCAAGUUUUCCACCUGUUGAGCUGGGUGCGUUGCCGUCUUCUCUUGACAGGAAAAGAUGUCCAAAGAAUGAUGUAAAAGCUGCAAAGUAGUAUCUCUGUCCACUUAACGGGAUGGUAAUGUAUCUAUCUCGAAUACAUGCACAAUAGCAAAUAUAUGCCUAUCCUCUUAUGCUUGUUUAAGAUUUAUUGGGGAUAAAUUGUGCAUGAUCAUCAGAUCAUGACAUUUUGGAAGGAAAAGAUGUACAAUUCUGAAGAUAAGUAAAAUAAUGUGAUGGGUAAAACUACAGUUCUCCAGACAUACUACUGUGGAAAAUGUAACUGGGAAAGUGCACAGUGUAUAGUUCAGAUGGGGAUGAAAGCACUUUUGAACUGAUUGAGGCCCUAUAAAAUUGGCAUUCUGACCUCCCAAUAGGAAUAACGUAAUUCUCCCCUUUGACUCUUGAUUCAGACUACUGUGUUUUACCUAUGUGGUAGGUACAUGGCUGCAUCACUUCAGCAUCUUUUUUCUGGGAAAAUCUCCUUCAAAUAAUUUUUUUCUCCUUAUCUUCAGGAGAUAAAAGGAAAUUAAUGUCAAGGAAAGAGAUGGAUGGAAAUAUUUGAAGAUAUCGUGUGUUUCCUGUUAAAAUUAGACAAAUCCAUAGUCUAAUGCUGUCUAUAGAGCAGAACACAAAAGACAAUUCUGAGUAGUUGCUAGCUAAUGGCAGUGGGGUCUGUAAACUGCUCAUGAAAGCCCCACAAAAGUCUUAUUUGGCUCUGAGGAGUGAAUUGUAAGUCAGGUCUUCAGUUAUUGUAGGCAGUCUAAAAUAGUCUUAUUGUAUUUAGAUGCCUUUAAUACAUGCUGGAGUGCUAGGACAGUGAAACAAUCCAGCUAGUGCAGGCUACAAAAAUAGAAUUUGAAUGGAUUUGGCACUGAUAUGAAAAAAGACCAAAAAGUUACCCAUGUGCAUGACACACAAGCUCUUGUGAACCAGUUGCUGAGAGUUUUGAUGCUUAAUGGGUUGAAGCCUUUAGUGGUACCCAGCUAAGUCCAGGGCAAGGAGCCAUAAAACAUUUGCAUUUUGAUAUCUAGUAAUUAUUAUAGAAUUGUGAAUUGAUUGUGUUCAAAACCACUUAAAGAUGGAAUAAAUCUUUAACUAUACAUUCAAAGUGCCUCCUUAGUCAUAUUGUUAAGAUGAUAGGAUGGCAAAAGGGCGGGGUAAGGCAACCUUGAAGUUCAGUUGUCAGAAAAAAGAUGAAAACUUGCACAAUGUGAAUUUCUAAAUUUGAGAAAACAUACAUUUUAGUCUCUGAGCAGCUACAUUGGGGAAGUUCCUCAGCAUUCAGUUAAAAUUCUAGGAAUGAGCCAGAUAACUUGACAUUUUCUUGGUCUGAUCUAAUUCAUUACACUGCCACUAGAUUUAGCACAUCUGAGAUGUUGAGUGAGGAUAUUCCAAACACAGCUCUUGACAUUGAACAAGGAAAGGGGAUGAUUUCAGCAUGCUGACCAUCAGUAUGACAAGUUACCUUGAAUAUAGGGUGAAAAUUGCCUGCAGAAUUUAAGAUUGGCCUUUCUAGAGGUUGAAGCAGUGAGACAGCUACUUAGUUUAAGGUAGCAUACAGAUAAUUCCCAGAGAAGACUUCGGUUUCAAAAUGUUGCUAACUUUUAGAAAUCUCUUGCUGCAUGGAGACAGUGUGAAAAUGCAGACUAGAAACUUGGACUGAUAUUUACAUGUAUUCAGUUAUUUCUGUUUAGAAGAUAGCUACAGCUACUCUUGGAUAAAGUCUCUUGUGAAGAUGUGGAUGGAAGUGGAACAGACACUGGUCUGAAUUUAGACCACCAUACUUACUGUUUCAUGUUUCAUUUUAGUAUGCUUUAUUUAUUACAUGUCAAAUAUUAAAUUAAUGUGAUAUCGUUGCCUUCAUUACAUAGCAUAUCAUUCAUGUUUGUAACCUCUGCUCAAAUAAAGUAGAAGUAGAAGUUGA